AAGUUCAAAGCUAACACGUGUGCCUAUUUUUAUUUCUUUCUUUAUAAUGUCCUAACCAUAGAUAAAAGAACGCUGUUAUUGGAAUGCUUGAUGUUGGUUGUGUGGAAUGGAAUGGGACUCCAAUGUUAUUGAUCAAUGGAAUUACUACGUAUUUUAUGGGAAUGUUUUAUGUAACAAACCAUAAUUCUACGAUUAAUACUGUUUGAAGCAUUAUUUUGUUCCUAUUCUAAAAAAGUGUGUUUUGAUUGUUUCAUAUCUUCUAGAGACAUUGUUCAUGUUUCGCUGAAGACACGUCACCAGUCAAAUGUGGAACUUGUUGUUCAUGGUGAUGUGAAUUGUAUCGUGUUACAAGUAAAACGCCUAUUCUCAAAAAGUAAUAAUAUAUAAUAUUUGCAAGUGUUUACAAUGUAUUUUUUCGACUCAAUUCCGAUUCAUAUGGACUAUGAUGGCCAGAGGAGAGCAGAGAAAUUGUCUCGGAUUAUCAUAACCCUCUUUGGUAUUGUUGGGCUUGUGUGGGGCUACAUCAUACAGCAGUUUUCACAGACGGUAUACAUCCUUGGAGCAGGAUUUGUUCUGGCAGCAAUUAUGACAAUUCCACCAUGGCCCAUGUAUCGGAGGAAACCUCUCCAAUGGCAGAAACCUCGCCCAGAAAAUGACGUGUCUGAGCAACCAACAAAAUCCAAGAAGAAGAAAUAGAUAUUGAUGGUAUCACAUAUUCAUGUAAUUUUAACAUUCCUGUGUAUGAUUUCCCACUUCUGUAUUGCAAUAAAUUGUACAUGUUAGAUGUUAAGUCACUGUUGUCCUAUUACUUGUUCUUGGUAUUAGACUGUUGAUCGACUAUGAUGAAAAGUCGAACUGAGCCUUCAACCUGCACAGAUUUCAACUACUGAAUGCUGUCUGAUAUAACCCCAAAAUUUUAGUCACCAUAUGACAUUUUUGCUUCAUUCAUUAUUUGUGUUACCUUCAUAGCAUGUUACAAAUAUUUCAAUAAAUAUUUUUCUGGAACAAAAAA